AUGCAAGACGUCGAGACACCGCAGCAGGAGAAGACUUUUGUCCACUCCGUUCUGUCUCAAUUGACUCAGGCCGUGUACGCCCCACCUCGGAAAGAUGCCGCCGUUUCGUCCGAGUUGGCCAGGCUUACUUAUUCACGCCUCGCUCCCUUCUUACAGCGUCCCGUAAGUGGAAUGUUCCAGUUUUUCUUCUCUCCUCAUCGCUUUCAGUGA